GAACUUUGGACUUUGAGAAUCGAAGGAUUCGUCAAAAGCGUGUUACACAAAAAAAGAAACAAACAAGUAGCAGAAUUGUUUCUCCGCUGAAAUUCAACAACUCCGCCAUCUCCAACUACCUCAAUUAUCUCAUCAAUACCCCCUUAUUUUUCCUUGUAAUCCAAACAAUUCAUCAAUCACCACCAAACUUGAUAGCAGCCUAAUUUAAGAAGCAACCUAAAUUCUCCCUUUUCAUCCAAAAUCAUAGAAUUCUUCCAUAUAUUUCUCAAGAAAAAAAAAACAAAACAAAAAUGUAUGGAAAUAAUAUGAUGUUAAUAAACUGCAGCACUUGUCGAACACCACUUCAAAUUCCACCAGGUGCAAAUGCAUUAAGAUGUGCUUUAUGUCAAGGAAUAACUCAAAUUUUAGAUCCAAGAGCUGUUCCACCUCAACCUCCUACUUCUGCCUCUCAUAAUCAAUACCCACCACCCCCAUCACCCUAUAAUCAUGCUCCACCUGGUCCACCUCCUAAUCCUCAUGGUCGUAAAAAAGCUGUGAUUUGUGGUAUUUCAUAUAGAUAUUCCAGACAUGAACUUAAAGGUUGUAUUAAUGAUGCUAAGUGUAUGCGUUAUCUUCUUAUUAAUCGAUUCAAAUUUCCUGAAGCUUCGAUUCUUAUGCUCACCGAGGAAGAAACUGAUCCAUUAAGACUUCCAACUAAGCACAACUUGAGGAUGGCUAUGUAUUGGCUUGUUCAAGGCUGUCAACCAGGAGAUUCGCUUUUGUUUCACUAUUCAGGUCAUGGUUCACGACAAAGGAACUACAAUGGAGAUGAGGUUGAUGGUUAUGAUGAAACCCUUUGCCCCCUGGACUUUGAAACUCAGGGAAUGAUAGUGGAUGAUGAAAUCAACGCAGCAAUUGUCAGACCACUUAUCCGCGGUGUGAAGCUUCAUGCAAUAAUAGAUGCUUGCCAUAGUGGCACAGUACUAGAUUUACCAUUCCUCUGCAGAAUGGGCAGAGAUGGAAGGUAUAUGUGGGAGGACCACCGUCCUAGGUCAGGUUUGUGGAAAGGAACCGCUGGUGGGGAGGUUGUCUCGUUCAGUGGUUGUGAUGAUCAUCAAACCUCUGCAGAUACUUCAGCUUUAUCAAAGAUUACUUCAACAGGUGCAAUGACGUUUUGUUUCAUCCAAGCACUUGAGCGUGGACAUGGGGCUACAUAUGGUAGCAUACUGAAUUCAAUGCGGAGUACCAUCCGAAACACCGGUACUGGUAAUGACCUUGGUGGUGGUGCGGUAACAUCAGUCCUCUCUAUGCUUUUAACAGGAGGUAGUCUUGGUGGCGGGUUGAAACAGGAGCCGCAGUUGACAAGCUGUGAAGCAUUUGAUGUUUACACAAAGCCAUUCGUCCUAUGAUUUUGUUUACCUAUCUCUCUUAUUUAAUCUUCAAUAUGGCCUCUUUAAAGCUCAAUUUGGUGUUAGUCUGGAUGUACAGUUUCAGCCAAACACUAGUGGUUUUCUUUCUCUUCUCUUUUAUUUAUACAGUUGGUUCCCUUGCUGGUUUAUGUAAGCUAUUUUUAGUACUCCUUGUAGUAGCACGCAAUCGAUUAUGUCUGCUGACAUCUCUGAUGUACCUUUUUAAUGGAGCUAACACAUUUUGAUCUAUAAA